UUCAUCGUGUCCAUCAAUAUGUAAUCCAUCAAACAUUAUUUCCUGGAAUUAUCAUAAAUUUUCGAUAUAAAAUUUCCAAAUUUCAAGUUAAAUCGGUAACUAAAUCAUUAAUAUAAAAAACAAUGUGUAACUGCAAACAUAGUACGGCCAUAGAAGGAGAUCACAGAUGUCCAAUCGAUCCAUCGAUGUCGGUCGGAAGCAGAUGGGAAUCAGGGUACGAGGACUCCGAUAACUUUGUAGACUCACAUUAUAGGACAGCACCGAGCAGUUUCAGAAGCGGUAGAUCCUACCGCACCCCACCGACAGGGGUUGCAACUGUCAUCCCAAACGAACCACAACAACGAAGUAUCGCGGAUACACCAGAACUUGCAGAAGGGGUGGCGAUCGUACGAAGACGACUCGAUUUCGACGAUCCGACGUUUGACGAAAGUGGUUGCGGUGAGUAAUGUUCAUCUUACGAAUAAUAAACGAUUGUCAAUCGAUUAUAAUCAAAUUUAAUAUUAAGGAUUAUG